AGGUCCAAUGAAGGGUUUUCGCGAUGGUUAUAGAUGCUGUGCAGAACGACCGGCCGAUUAUUCUUCCUUUACCAAAUACAUGGAUGAGAGCGAUAAAAUGACAACUUCGAUUUGUUUAUCGGUCUGUGAAAAACAAUCUAUGCCUCUUGCAGCACUAUUUCGCGGCUCCCAGUGUCACUGCGGCUACCUCACACAUAACUACACUUUACGCCAUACCGUUGAGCCCAGCGAAUGUCAGGAGCCGUGUGCAGGCGAUUCCAGUGUGUUUUGUGGCGGGAAAAAAUACUAUGCAAUCUACCAGACAGGAGUCGAAGAUUCAAGAUGUACCAAUAUUGUAAUGGGCAAGGAGAGGACGUUUCCACUGAUAACAUUAGCAAGUUUUCCAGGAUCUGGGAAUACUUGGGUUCGGUAUCUAGUUGAGCGAUCUACGGGUAUCUUCACCGGGAGCUACUAUGACGACGGAGACCUUUAUAGGAAAGGGUUCCUUGGUGAGAGGGAGAACUGGAGAAAAGGCAACACUAUCGCCGUGAAGACACAUCGCUUUGAUGAAGAGCACAUCUCUUCGUUUGAUGGCGCUAUACUGAUCAUCCGGAACCCGUACAAAGCCAUCAUCUCCGAACACAACCGGAAGUUUGGUGGCCACACGGGAUUCGCCAGCGAGAAGCACUACACACAGGGGACGGAAUGGAUUGACUUUGUGGCCGGUAAGUCAAGGACCUGGACCAACACAGCCCUGAAUUUUCUUCAAUUCAGCAAGAAGAUCCUUGUCAUCCAUUAUGAGGACCUCCGGAAGGAUCCGUACGACUCGCUCAACAAGAUGUCCCAGUUCUUAGGCCAACCACCCAACGAGGAACGAAUCCUGUGCACUCUGAGUUCACCGGACGGCAAGUUCAAGCGACGGGAGAGCACCCGACAGAAACUCAGCUUUGACCCCUACACGGACGAGAUGAGAGAGAUCCUCUCACUGUAUAUCAAGAGCGUCGAUAUGGCGCUGAAACUGAAAAACCAAAGUAAAUUGCCAGAAGAAUACAACCCCCAUCUUAGAUUAUGAUAUUGAAGGGAACCAGAAAAAGGGGACCGGAAGUCGCAAGAGUUUUCACUUUAAACCACCACAUGAUCAUGGUGAUGAAGCUGAAAGAACUAUAAGAAUUAAAUGAUGGACAAAGGAACCACAUGAACCACAUGAGCCACAUUGGGGAAUAUUCAUAGACAAUCAAUAGUUUCUGGUAUUUUUUUUUAUCCUCUUGCUGCUCAUGGAAAAUGGUUGGUGAUGCCAUGUAUACCAUGUUUAAAGCAUGAUGAUAACCCAUGUUAAAAGUUUCUACUGCUUUGUGUAUUCUUAAGAAUUUUUUUUUACAAAGAGUUAAAGCUGACUUAGAGUCCUGGGUGAGGUGGUUUAGUGUAUGACGACAUUAAAAUCUUAAUCUCGUUGACGAUUAUACAAGGUUGCGCACGUGUCUCUUGAGCUUUUUCUGACCAAUGAGCCGUUAGCCCAAUAGGAAUUUAAAGGGUGUCAAAACAGUCAAAUGCCGGUUACGCCCUCUCUAGGUCUUAGACUUCUUUUUCUGCAAAUUUCCGAAUCACAUUUACACAAAUUUCGUGAAUUGCUAAUAAGUGAUUCAAGUUCAAAAAUGGGUAGUUGUCUCAAAGCAGACGUAAAUGGCGUUGCCUGUAUUUGCCAGCUUACACUCCCUUUAAGUGCAAUUUUAAACCAAACUCAAUUCUUUGUGGGGAAAAAGGCUCAGGUCUUGACGGCAGUGGGUAUUGCAAACAAACAUGUCUUUCUGUAGUAAUUAUUUAUGAAUUUAAAAUGUUUAUGAGAAUCAAAGAUUUUUUACUUGAAAUGUUCUGUUUAAUUUUGAUGCAAAUGAAAUAUUGAAGUUGAUGUCAGUUUAUGUUUCAUUUACAAUGUGUACCUACAUGUAUGUUUCACUAUGGUAUGUGAUGAAAAUCAUUGAAUUCUAUUUUUAUUGAAUAAUAAAACUUGACAUAGAAUCACCCAGAUCUAGAUUAUAAUAGCCUGCAUGUAAUUUAUUUUAGUUAAUUCGUUUAUUUAUAUAAAUUUGUUGUGGUCCUUGAUGUCACAAUUUCUCAAAUAAGGAUGUUUAAGUAAACAUAAUAAAGGCCCAUUUCAAUAAAUUUAAGAAUACAAAAAUACAUUUUAAUGACUGUCACAUAGUAAAAUAACCCCAGAUGUAUACAAAGCAGUCCAACGAACAUGGAUCUGAGCUUGAAAGAAUUUGCAAGCCAUCCUUCGCCUUUUUCAUACCUUUUAGCAAUUUAUUGUUGUUUAUAUCGGGUUCUGAGCGAUAUGUCGAUCGAAAUCACAAUUUUGAUAUGAUGUCACAACAGUUUCUUUGUUACCUUAUAGGUCAAUUACAGCUACUCAUUUUAUUUAUUAUCUUUCAAAGAAAAUACAAUCAUAAUCAUGUGAUAAUCGGGGGGGGGUAGAGGAGUUUGUUUACAAUUACAAAUGAUUUUCUAAAAAUAAAUGGAUUAUAACAAACCAUAUGGGGUCUUUGGUCACCAUAAAUUGAAAUAAUUAUGAAGAAUGGAUACUAACGCCUUUGUUAUCACGGAAUUUGUAAUAAACCCCCAAAUCGAUGCAGGUCAUUAAUGAUCUUAAAAUAAAAAUGAUCAAAACAAUGGUUCAUUUUUUUUACGAUUGCCGAAAAAUGUGUGCUUGUAGGACGGUAGGGUGCAUAUUAAACCAGGAAAUGGAAUUUCGAGUCUCAAAUAUGUGCCAAUAUUACAACACUUGAAGUUAAUAUCCGUAUCACUUUCACUGAAAAUGAUAUUUUUACUGGCAGAUCAACUACUAUGGUAUUCAGCAUUCAAUGACAAUUAUCAGCUUCUUUGUCAAUACAUAUAUUAUAUAUUUAUUGCAUUUUUGUGCUUUUUGAGAUGGAUUGUUUUUGUAUAUUUUGGUAAUUUUGUACACUAUGGUAGGCCUAUCCCAACAUAACUGUGUAGAUCUUAGUCCUUUGAAAUAGAUCCAGGGUCAUGCAGAUUGACCCCAAAACCGGGUCUAGUGCUAGUGAUGUACUCCGUUCCGGGUAACAACAACAACAACCGACCCGGAAUAUAGUCCGUUGUGACACAUAUAGGGUCAUGGGAGCAUUUCGUGAAAGUACAUGCCAGACGUUUUAUCCGGCAAGUCCUGUUUUAUCCGACAGUUACCAUAGUAACAGUGUUUCUCAGCCAAUCAAAAUCAAGGAAAAUUGUGAGAUGUGCAAACUUUGUCAGACGAAAAUGUUGAUGAAAUGCUUCCCAGAUCUGACCCAGAAAAGUUCACAACAAAUCUUAUUUCUGGUCAUUUUUUUUUUACUCGGGGUGAGGUGUGGCAUCAAUGGACACGGUUUCGAGGUCAAUCUCAUCCGUAUUGCUUUUAGUUACACUUUUAUAGCGUAUAUAGGAGGUAAAUUCCUCUCUCUUGUUGUUCAAUCUAUACACCUUACAAAUAUUGAAAUCUGACGUGAAUAAUUUUUUUUUUGCUUUUCUUUUUGCUUCUUUGUCUUUAAUGGCAUUUGAAUGAUAUUCUAGACUAAUGAUUAUUGCGUAAGCAUUUAUUAUUUUCAUUUCUUUUCAGUACUUAUUGCUCUAAUCUCUCCUCUUCUGUUUCAGUGUUGCCAAUCUAAUUUCCAUACAGUGUAGAAACUAUACGGUAUUAGGAACAACACCAGUCGUUUUUUGUGAGAGGCACGACACCCGCAGAAGUUGAAAUACACCAGAGAAUUUCAAUGGAACACCAAAUGAUGUUGAUAUAUAACAAACAGAGUAACGCCAAGAAUUGUUGAACUUCCGCCAUAAAUUCAACAUUGGUGUAAAAUGCUUGGUGUGGUGUUGUCACAAACACCGUAGUUUGCUGUAGUGUUAAGACUAUUUGGGCGUUGUAUAUGGUUUUGAUGGAAGUAUACUGCCAGGGAACAUGGGAAUGGUUCACACAUUUCACCAUAAUCACUGCUUUGAUUGUUAUAUUUACAUUGUGUAUAUCAUUUAAUAUUCCAUCAUAAACACUUGUGGAUUGAGAACGUCGUAUUCGUGCCUUUGCGAAGUAUGUAUGUAAGCUUUUUUCGUAUGGCGAAUAAUGUAUAUAACAAAGUCACCGAAUCCUCGUGGUUGUCUGAACAUUCAAUCACCAAAAGCCCGGCGCACACUAUACGAUUCGUUGUGAUCAGGAUUUCAAAGAAAUUGUAAUAACAUUUGAUAUGAACAUUCCAACCAAUAAAAUCUUAGCAAUUAGAGUUCAGAAUAGUAGUAAGACUACUGAAAUAAAAAUUCAGUCUAGUUUGAGCGUAUGUAGGAAUAAAAGCAAGUUCAAUUCCAAAUCGUAAUGACGUCGUUAUUGGCUGCGACUUGAAGCCGAUUUGGAAUUUACUCUGACCACAGGGCUUAUACCGCAAAGUAUAAAUGUGAUCGUAUCAUUCCUAGCAUCAUGCCAAACUUCAAAUAAAAUAAUUUUACUUCUUGGAACUUUCACAUUUAAUGCAAAAAGAUAUUUUUUAAGCGUCGUAUCGAAUCGCAUAGUGUGCGCUGGGUGUAUAAGAAACACUUUUUAACCUUUAUAACAAAACAUUUUUUUGAUCAUCUGAAAAAUCCACAGUGACACAUGAUGGAAACAAAGCAACAUUUAGUAAUCAAAAUUUUUUGACAACAUUGUAUCAAGCAACCUGUUGGCGGUGAUUGGUUUCAUGCGAUCAGAAUGUGUUAUUUUCACUAAUUAAUUAUAAAUUGCAAUUAUCUACUUCUAUUUUGUCUUCAUAUUUCCUUAAGUGCUACUAGUUCAUGAAUGUAUUCAUUUUUGGUGAUGCUGAAUCUAUCUCUGAUCAUAGAAAUGGCAAUCCAAGUUUCAACAAUCAAUGCUCUUGGCUAAGAAGUGUGCUUUUAAUGAUUUAAUUAUAUUCCUUUGUAUUUCAUUUCCAGACAGAAAUAUCAAAGUAAGACAAUAUGUUCAUUUCAGAAUAAAGUGGUGGUAUUCAUUUUGUGCUUUAAUUGAAAUACCAAUCAUUGCCAUGGCAAUGCACAAAGAUCCUGAAUAUAUGAAUUUGAAAUUUGUUUACACGGAGAUUAACUGAAGAUUUAAAUUCUGUGAACGACCCAAUUACUCUGUUUUAUUGUCCGUAAUUAGCUCUUGUGAUAUUGUAUGCAGCUUUUUGCUAUUAACAAACUAUAGAUCUUUCUAAAUUAUAUGAGUUAAUGCAGAAUGUCAUAUUCAAAUAAAACUGAUGUUAUAAAUAGAGCUUAGGGGAAAUGUAUUUCGAUUUGAAAUAUAUUUUUAUUCACAUCCAGGAUAAUCUAGACUAUAAUUACUAAUUUGUUCAAUCUGUGUUGUAUCAAGUAUUUAAAAUUGAAAUACAAUGCGACAUGUCUUCAUCAUGAUAAUGUUAUAAUUGCUUUUUAAUCGAUUGUACACACAGCAAAAAAUGUGGUGUUAACCGGUGUACAUAGAGCACCACACCAGUUAUUUUACACCGGUGUUAAAUUGGUGGUGUUAGUUUUACAACUAUAGGUGUUAUUACAACACCUAUGGUUGUUACAUUUACACUCUUUGGUGUUAUGUUCAAUCUCUAGGGUGUUAUUUUAACACCUCAGGGUGUGGUCCUCUAUUAACACCAAUUGGUGUCAGUUUUAACACCACAGUUUUUACAGUGCAUGAUGUAUGCAAUUAUGUAUAUUUUUUAAUCAGUUGACGAGAUUCGGGAUCUUGUCGUCUUGUCUUCUUGUCCUCAUCACGGUGACUUGGCGAGAUUCAGGAUCUUGUCUUCUUGUCCUCGUCACGGUGACCUGGCGAGAUUCAGGAUCUUGUUGUCUUUUCUUCUUGUCCUCAUCGAGUUGACUUGACGAGAUUCUAGACGUUGUCUUCUUGUCCUUGUCACGGUAACUUGCCAAGAUCCAGGAACUUUUUUUUCCUGACGAAGUCGACUUUUGACACGAUCUAGGAUCCUGUAUUAUCGUCUUUCGUCCUCAUCAAGUUGCAUUGACGGACAAGAUCCGGGAUUUUGUCUUAACUGCUUUGAAAAUUAAUAAUGAUAUCUUGCUGAAUAAUCUCGUUAUUUCAUUGCAUGUGGAAACGUCUUCAAAACGGUAAUUCACCACUGUAUGUCUUAGCGAUCUGUUUUAUUUUAUUUUUCACUUAAAGAUGUUCAAUCUAAUUGUCAUUCUGUUUGCGUAAUAUUCUUUAAACAUAAUUAUUUUCAUGUCAUGUUUUGGGGUUUUCUCUGUGAAAUGGUUUUCUGUACCAAAGACCUGUUUGGUGCAUUUAAAUUAUUCGUUUGCUGUUAUUGUACUUUUCAACUUCCUAGCAUUCUAUAUGGAUUUGUCAUGCAAUUUUCUCUAUACCUUUGGUUACGGGUCUUACUAUGAUUUCAUUCCACUUAUAUUGUCUUUAAACUUGUUUUCUUUAAAAGAUUUGUUUUGAAUUCUAACGAUAGUCGUAGCAUCACUGUGCUGUCUAUUACUAAAGACGCAGUUUUGUUGUUCCAUGAUUAUUACUAUAAUUCCUAUAAACUGUUAGAAAAUUAAUCCUUAAAAUAAAAGAAGUUCCUGCAGCAGAGUCUCGAGAACACCUGUAAUCUUACCAGAUUGCUUAAUCUUACAGGAAAUUGGUAUUUGGUGUAUGGAAUCUUACAAAUUUCCUUAAAUAAAACAGCCUUUUCCCCUUUUAAACAGACCUGUUCUGUUAAAUUGCAGAAAACUUUCUGUUUUAUGAAUUUACAGAAUGAUUCUGUUAUUGCUUUCUGCAAAAUCUUCUUUUUUUCUCUCUCUGUAAAAUAAGGUUUUUUUAACAGUGUAGAAGAUAGGUCUAAAUAACCUUGUUUUGGGGAAAGUGACUUGUGUCCGACUAAAAAACACAUUUGAUCAUUUAUUUAUUUGAUCAUUAUUGGUUGUGCCGGAAUUUUAUUUGAUUUAAGACCAUUUUUAAGGAGGGGGGGGGGGGGAGGGGUCGGACACGUAGAGAGUGGAAUGACAGGUAGUGAUCCUUUCCAAUUUGUUGUUUAAUUUCAGUUUUACCGGGGUGGCUUCCAUGGUCAUCAUUGAUUUCAUUCAAUCAUCUUAAUACUUAAUAUAAACCUUUUUCCGACUUCAGAUGGUUUAUCGUAAAGGCAUGCACAUUUUGUUGAAAUGGCAGGAAAGUGAUAUACCAAUGGGUUUACUUAAUAUUGAAGCCGCCCUUUUUAAAUGGCUCCCAAAGGUAAGUGCUAUCCCUGUACAAUAUGGACAACAUACGUGAAGGAUAAUGAUAGAGGAAGUCCUUUCACUUGAAAACGUGCAAUCGUCAAAGAAGUAUUUUGUUCUUUAUUAUUGUUAUCAUUCAUUAUGAUUAUGAUUAAUAUUUUUGUACUCAUUCUUUCAUUCCUAUAUUAUGUGGUUUUAGUCAUUAUCUACGAUACAAUUAUGUGUCUUCAGGUGUACCGAUUCAGAACCAAAGUGUGUGAUUUAGAAUUAUUCUUCUGUAAUAAAAUAUACUAAGAAAAUAAAGAUUAAA